AUGUCUAAACUCUUCACUCCUCUCAAGGUGGGCCGCAUCGAACUCGCCCACCGAAUCGCUAUGGCACCUAUGACCCGUUUCAGGGCCGACGAUAACCAUGUGCCUCUACCUACAGUAAAGGAAUAUUAUGCACAGAGAACUGCUGUUCCUGGCUCUUUGGCCAUCUCCGAGGCCACCUUCAUCACCCAGAAGGCUGGUGGCUACAGCAAUGUUCCCGGAAUUUACACACAAGAGCAAAUCGAUGCUUGGAAGAACACUGUCGAUGCUGUCCACGAGCAGGGUUCAUACAUCUAUCUCCAGCUGUGGGCGCUGGGACGAGCUGCCAAAGCUGAGGUUUUGAAGGAGGAGAGCGGUGCCGAUUUGGUCUCUGCCAGCGAUAUUCCCGAAGCCAAUGGCGGAAAGCCGCGCCCCCUUACUGAGGAAGAGAUUCAUCAAUACAUCCAGGACUAUACACAGGCCGCCAAAAAUGCCAUUGCCGCCGGCUUUGACGGUGUUGAGAUUCACGCUGCUAAUGGCUACUUGCUUGAGCAAUUCAUCCAGGAAGCCUCCAACAAGCGAACAGAUGCCUGGGGCGGAAGCAUUGAGAACCGCGCUCGCUUCGCCCUCGAGGUGACUAAGUCUGUUGUUGCAGCUGUCGGAGCUGACCGUACCGGAAUCCGCUUCAGUCCAUUUGCAGAUAUGCUGGCCGAGCUCAAGUACGAUCCCGUUCCCCAGUAUCUGUACCUUGUUGAGCAGCUGAAGCUGCUCAACCUGGCAUACAUCUCAUUCGUUGAGUCCCGUGAGAAGGGCAACGACCUGUCGCCAAUCAUCAAGGCCUAUGGCAACGCUGGUCCUGUCAUUGUGGCUGGAGGCUUUCAGCUGGAGUCAAGCAAGAAAGCUGUCGAUGAGGAUUACAGCGAGUACGAUGUCGUUGUUGGCAUCGGCCGUCCUUACACCUCUAAUCCAGACCUUCCGUUUCGCUUCAAGGAGGGAAUUGAGCUCACGCCGUAUCAACGUGAGACGUUUUUCACUCCCAAGUUGGAUAAGGGCUUCCAUGAUUUCCCUUUUAGCGAGCAAUUCACUCUAUUAAAGGCAAAGGCAUAG